AUGUCUGAUCAAGGCAUUUACUCAAGCAAAUAUAGCAAAUUAAGAAGCAUCUAUAAAAACUACAUUGAUUCGUAUAUUGCGUUGUAUCAGCUAAAAGCAAAAACUGAUGAAGAAUUAAACUCGAUUUACCAAAUGAUCAAAUCAGAGUUGAUUGAUUCAAUUAAAUAUUCUCCUGAUGAUAUUGUAAGAGAUAUUUUAGACAUAAUUCCGUAUAAUAAUCGCUAUACAGAGUCAUAUUUAGAACUUGCCAAACGUAUCUGUGAGGAAUAUCACGUAACAUCGGUCUCAGAUGUUGAAUUCAUUUCUAUAUACCUGUUCUAUAAAGAAUAUGGUAUUGUUUUAGACAGUUCAAACAAUUUUGAAGAAAUCAAAUCUGAAGAUCUGAAUAUUCAUUCAGAAAAUACAAUUUACAGAGCAAUUAUGUAUGAUGAUAUAGAAAAUUUCAUCCCAUUCAUUGAAUUAGAUGGAUUUGAUGAAAAUCAAGAAUUUGAUAGCAGUUUAUAUCCACCUGGUUAUGGCGGGUUCUCAUUACUUGAAUUAUGCUGUUACCACGGAGCAGUUGGAUGUUUCAAGCUAUUAAGAACAAAAUUCAGCUCAGAAAUAACUGAUAAUUGUCUACGAUUUUCAUUCUUGGGAGGAAAUCCAGAGAUUAUGAGUGAAUGCCUGAAAGUUAUAACACCAGACUGGUCUUCUAUGGAAUAUGCAAUAAUUUCACACAACAUUGAUUUUGUAUCAUUCUUGAUGAACGAGUACAAUAUAGAGAUUGGUUUGAAUGAUUCCCUAAUAUAUAACAAUCUUGAUUCAUUUUUGGUUUACUAUGAUCAAACUAAUGAUAUUAAUAGAUGCUUUAUUUACUCGGUGAAAUUUAAUAUUCCAUCCCUUUGCGAAUAUUUCCUUUCAUAUGGCGCAAAUAUCAAUGAAAGAGAUAAUAACGGACAAUAUGCUAUUCAUAUUGCAGCAAAAAAUAAUAAUAAAGAAAUCAUUGAGCUUCUUCUUUCAAAAGGUGCAGAUAUCAAUGCUAAAAGUUCUAAUCAAUUAACAGCACUUCAUCAUGCGGCAUUUCGUAAUAAAAAAGAAUUGGUUGAAUUUCUUCUUUCACAUGGUGCAAAUAUCAAUGAAAAAACAAAAAAAGGAGAAACCGCACUUCAUAUUGCAGCAAAGAAUAAUCGUAAAGAAAUAGUCGAAUUUCUCCUUUCACAUGGUGCAAAUAUUGACGAAAAAGAUAAAUAUGGAAAAACCGCUCUUCAUUAA